AGCCAAAGAAUAACCGCACGGGCUUAUUUUUCCCCUUCAAAUCUUAAAAUAUGCAAACCAAACCCCACUUAAAAAUUCUUUCUCUACCCUAGAAAAUCGUGACGCCGAAACCCAACAGAAAUUGUUGUUUCAUUCUUUAUUAAAAAUAGCCUUUUUUUUUUUUGUCAUUUUCCUCAUAAGAAAAAACCAGCGCCCCAUACGACAUCGUUUUGCUGCUGCAUCAAAAUUUGUGUUCGUUUUACUUUCUAUACCUGCAACAGGAAAAACCUAGUAUUUCAAAUUCUCAGAGGUUUCUCUCACUUUCGCUUCAACCAAACAUUGAACCGAUCAUUCUCUGUCUCAAACAAAAAAAAAAAAAAUUGAAGUUAUCAUGGAUCAAGAAGGACAAGGAGAAGAAAAAUCUCCAACUCUAAUUGACAAAAACUUUCCUCUUUUCUCCAGACCCCGCAAAACCAAACCCAAUACAACCCCUAAACCCUCUCAAAACCCUAAUCCCCAAGCUUCCCAAAUCGAAAAGUUUUCCUACUCUUCAGCCGCCACCACCGCUGCUUUCUCCGAGCUGGGCCUAGGCGAAUGGGCAAUCCAAACAUGCAAAGAACUCGGAAUGCGAAAGCCCACGCCGGUCCAAACCCACUGCAUACCCAAAAUACUUGCCGGUCGUGACGUGCUGGGGAUUGCCCAGACAGGAAGCGGCAAAACGGCGGCGUUUGCUCUACCAAUAUUGCACCGUUUAGCGGAGGAUCCAUAUGGGGUUUUUGCGCUGGUGAUCACCCCGACGAGAGAGCUUGCUUUUCAGUUGGCUGAGCAGUUUAGAGCAUUGGGGUCUUGUUUGCAUUUGAGGUGUUCGGUGGUCGUGGGUGGAAUGGAUAUGAUUACGCAGGCGAAAGCCUUGGUUUCGAGGCCACAUGUGGUUGUGGCUACCCCUGGAAGAGUUAAGGUUUUGCUGGAAGAGAAUCCUGAUAUUCCUAAAGUCUUUCAAAGAACUAAGGAUACUUCCUUCGACCUACCCUUGAUAGCCAUGCAUGAGUUAGCAAAGCAGGAUAAGAUUGUUGAGAUCUUUUUAGUUUUGGACGAAGCAGAUAGAGUUUUGGAUGCUGGCUUUGAGGAGGAACUAAGGGUGGUUUUCCAAUGCUUGCCAAAAAAUCGGCAAACUUUGUUAUUUUCUGCAACAAUGACUGGUGACCUGCAAACACUGCUUGAGCUUUCUGCCAACAAGGCAUACUUCUAUGAGGCUUAUGAAGGCUUCAGGACAGUUGAAACGCUUAAGGAACAAUAUAUUUUUAUCCCAAAAACUGUGAAGGAUGCUUAUCUUGUACACAUUUUGUCUAAAAUGGAAGAUAUGAAUAUCCGCUCAGCCAUUAUAUUUGUCUCAAGAUGCAGAGAUUGUCAUCUUUUAAGUUUAUUACUAGAAGAGCUUGAAGUGGAGGCUGCAGCUUUGCAUUCAUUAAAAUCACAGGCUCUAAGACUGUCUGCGGUGCAGCAUUUUAAAUCUGGACGAGUUUCUAUACUGCUCGCUACUGAUGUUGCUAGUCGUGGUUUAGACAUUCCUGCUGUUGAUCUUGUCAUAAAUUAUGAUCUUCCAAGGUAUCCUAGAGAUUAUGUUCACCGUGUGGGGCGAACUGCUAGGGCUGGCAGAGGAGGAUUGGCUGUGAGCUUUAUUACUGAGAAUGAUGUGGAUCUUGUUCAUGAAAUAGAAGCUGAAUUGGGGAAACAGUUGGAAAAAUUUGAAUGCAAAGAGAAUGAAGUCCUGUCUGACUUCACAAAGGUAUGUAAGGCUAAACGUGUUGCAACAAUGAAGAUGAUGGAUGAUGGCUUUGAGGAGAAAGUGAAAGAACGUAAAAAGCACAAACUCAAGACACUAGCAGACAAAGGAUUAUUGAAGAAAAGGAGUAAAAAGAGAAAGCGUGAUAAAUCUGCAAAAAAUAGUGAUCGGUGAUACUGAUAGAAAUCUUAAAUACUCUCAACGCAACCCUCACCAUCUGCACUCGAUUCUGUAAACUUGCAUGCAGUGGAAAGUGAUUUUUUUUUUUUAAUAUAUCCAUCGUCCCUGUCAUGAAAAACCCCUUUUGUUCUUUAGAAUACUUGUCGAAUAUAAAUUCCUAGUGGAAUUUUUUUUUGUAUUAUUAUGUCUCAUCUAUUAAAGAAAAUCUUUUUAAGGAAAAUAAAUAAAAUAAGUUAACAAAUUUCCUUUGGGCUAAAUAC